GGUUAGUCUUAAAGGUGCUACUGGACUCUUCUAUUUUGCUACUACAGACUCACACGGCUAUCUCCUCUGGAUCUAUAAUUUGCAAGAGUACAGAAGCUGAAUUUUGACUAUGAUCAGUUAGGUAGCUGACAUUUUAUUUUGAAAUAUAGAAAGUUUUCUUUUCACAUGGUUUGUUGCUGAGGUCCCUUUUUCUAUAUUUUAUUCUGCCAAGUCUGCUGUAAACUGGGCAAGUCUUAUCCUGUGUCUCAGUUCAUUAUCUGGUAAGGAAGAUAGGCAUGUUUUGUUUUAAAGUAAUGCUGAAGGCAGUGUGAGGUAUGUGGAUUCUUUUGUAAAGUAAGUAUGAUAGAACAACCACCUUUGUGUUAAGCUGUUUCCGGCCUUUGAACUUUAACAAAUUGAUUUACAGGACAAUAAAGCAUAAUGAAAUGACACUGAAGCCAGACUCACUUUCUGCAAAUUCUCCAAAGGAGUAUUAUAGGCAGGGAGCGCUCUAACCUAACUAAACAGCUAAGUUGACACUCCAUGAGAACUGGAAGGCAUUUUGUGAAAAAGUAGAUUCAGACAACCAUCGUAUCAUCUGUGAUUGCUGAUCCUCAGCAGUAGAUUCAGGCAAAUGUGUUUUAGACAAGUAAUAUUCUGAUUGUACGGCAUGAGAGUAAAAAGAAAUCAGUCUUGUUUGUUCUCUGAUCCUAUUUUUGUUUACCAGCAAACAAAAUCUCACUGUUCAUUGGUGCUUCCUCACAGGUAAAUGUGCACGGGUUUGAGUCCUUAGUGGCCGAGGCGCUCACGUAUAUUGCAAAGACAAAAACGACAAGCUAUUUUGGGUGUCACACCAUUUUUCUUAAUGUGUCACAAUGGCUGCUCAUAUUUUGAUUGGUUAAGAAAAUGCAGUGAACAGAACUGAGUUGUGUGUCUCCAUGGUAACAAAGCAAACAUGCACUUUAAAAGAGAUUGUUGCAGUUGAAAGGCUGGGGCAUUGAUUCAGCCCAUAGGGAAGCAAAGGAAUGGCUUUCUUCGGAUUAACUUUUGUGGGCUACCAAGAGCCCUUUCGACAGAGAAAACGAGAGUUAGCAAAACUUGAAGUACCAGUAGGCACCCCGCAACCCAAACUGGAGCUUUUCUACCCAAAGCUGCCACCUAUAGGAGUAGGAGGGUACGAUGGCACAGAACACCGAGGUAGCCAUGCCAGGUAUCGAGAGGCUGUCAGACGGAGACUGCUCAAGAAAUACCCCAAUCAAGUCUACAGGGUACCAAUGACCUGUGGACAAGAUAUUGGCUGGUGGCUACCCAAGGAUCCGUCAGUGAGACCACAAGACGCCAUUCCAUGGAUGAAGGUGCAAAGAUGUCCUCUGGUGCACAGCCCCAUAACCAAGUUUGUGGAGAACAUGAUGCUCAGUGACCCUCUCUUCAACUUGUUUUGAGAGCCUUGUUUCAAGCCACCGGACAAACGUGAUUUGCGUGGAAUCACCAGUGUGGUUGUGAGAACUGUUGUGCCAUAACACUUCCCCCACCUCCCCCUCACACCAGGUUAUGACCCAGAACACCCAUUGUGCCAAUAAAGAGGAGGUUAAUAUAGUACCCUAUGGGAUUGGCUUAUCCUUUUAAAUACAAAAUGGGAGAGGUGAGUGGGUAUAUAUGAUCAUUCGCCAAGCGGACAUUGCCUGCAGCAUGAAAUAUCACUCUGCCCCUGCCUUUAAUGAUAGCAACUGUUGGUGAGAAUUCACACACAGCCCUGUCCAGAUUUCUAAUCAGAAUAGUGAUCAAAAUCUCAUUGUUUGGCAGGGUAAGUAGUAAAAAUCAUGGCAAAAAGGUGGCAUGGACAGACUUGGAUGGGAAACCACCAAGGAAGACUGCUGUGACAGAAACCCUGAAUUCAGUAUGGCUCAAGAGUUCCAAAUAGAGCAUAGGGGAUCUUGCACCAUUGGGGUUUACAUGAGAAUAACUCUUAACGUUGUGCCACCCUGAUCAAACUUACUCCUUUUUUAGACAAAGGACAACCAAUUUGGGACAGAUGUUCUUUUUGUUAUGGAAGUUCAGAAACAAUAUGGUGGGAUUAUCAUUUUUUGAAUUCUCUGAUAGUAACAGUAGUCUCUGACAUUAGAGACAGAGCUAUGCUUGGGACUGAUUAAAUCCACUAAUCAAUCUUAGAGAGGAGGCUGGCUUAGGUCAGAUUCCUUUGCCAAUAAAUAUUUGAUCUCUCAAGCUGUUUUUGUCCCCAUUUUGGAAAAUGUCACAGCUGGAUCCAAGGGGUGAGCAAAGGGUUAAGGGUUUCACCACCAUCUUGGUACUACAAGGAAUUCUGUACAUGCUCUGAGGAACCUGCUACAGCUUAGAUAAGGUGUACUUAACUUGUAACUUCAUUACUUUUGUUUGAAAGAGUGCUGAAUAAGAUUGUGUGCUCUUCUGUUUUUUGUAUUUUGUCCCCUUUACUCGUGUGUGUGUUCGUGCGUCUCUCUGUCUCUAUCAAUGCUCUGGGGGAAAGCAGGCAAGCUGUGUGCAGCCUGAACAUGUGUAAGCAUUUCUGAAAAAAAUAUAUAACCUGUGUGUGUGAAAGAAACCCAUUCAUUCUAUCUAAAGCAGGCAAACUCUAUGCGCCUGAGAGAAAAUCUGUGUGCAUUUGAGUGAGAAAUUGGUAUUUUGGUUUUUUUUUGUUUUUAACUGUGUUUAUAUGUUUUAAUGCCUAUUGAACAUUUUAUUGUAACCUGCCCUGAGCCUGUUCGAGGGGAGGGUGGGCUAUAAAUAAAUAUCUGAAGCAGGCAAAUUGUGUAUGCAGCCUGAGAAAGUUUAUGAAGCUCUGAGUGACUGAACCUAAGUAAAAGAAACUUUAAGAACAGAUAACACUCUUUGAAAACACCAAGCUUAAGUACUAUAGUGAAACUGAUAUGCUUCUUGUAAAAAUAAGUUCUUUUUUGGUUUAUCCCAGAGUAUAGGUUAUUCCUAUAUCCCAUUCCUAUCCUCAGGGCCACAUAGUACCACGAAGGAGCCUGACCCUUGGGCACGUCAUUAAAGGGGGAAAUUUAAAUUAUUUUGUAAUAUAAUUCCUGGUGGCAGGAAUCUACCCAGAGGGGACAAUAAAAGACUUAAAGGCAAAAUCUAAUGAAAGAAAAGGGGUCAUAACAGCUUCCAUUAGUUUAUUUCUCUGAAAUAUUCCUCUGAUGUUCUUCCUUAAGUGCUUGAUUGCACAGGUGCUACAUAGUGGCUAUAAGUUAUUUCUCUGGGUUUCCACCAUUGCUUAUUGCUCUAGUAACCGUGUUGGAAGGGCUUCUUUUCAGCAGGGCAUAGAUGUUCCCAUCUUUCCCCCCUUCUUUCUGUAACAACUGUAAAGGCGGGCAAUGGCCAAACCUUUAACUUUUUGCGGUAUCACCGUAAGUCAGUUCUGACUUGACAGCAUCCUAAUAUAUAAAAGGCUAAGCGUAUUCAAGACAACUCACUUCCUACCCUGGUGCGCUUCCAGAGGGCGCUGCUGUGGAGAGAAGCCCAGAUGAGGCAGCCAAACCUCCAGAGAGCAUGCCAUGGCAAGAAGCCCAUGCCGAAAUCAGGCGCGGAGCAGGCGGCAAUGCCUGCCCCCCACCAUCACCCACCUGGCAUCAGGAGCAGAGCAGGUGGCAAUGCCCACCCCCCACCUUCCCCUGGCUGGGAUCAGGAGUAAAGCAGGUGGCAAUACCUGCCCCCUUCACCUGGCUGGGAUCAUUAGCAGAGCUGGUGGCAAUGCUGGCCCCCUUCUUUCUUUGUUCAAAUCCAUGGCUGCCCUACUCCACUGUUCCCCUCCCAACCAGAGGAUUGCCCCAGAUGUCAUCUAUUUCUGGGUAGGAAGGGAGCUCAACAGAGCAUGUGCUGCUUCAGGACCCCUUGCCCCCAGAAGAGAUCCAUCCUUCCUAAGGCUUGUAGUUAUGUGAAGGACAAAUGUGAAUGACACUGCAAUGUGAGCAGAUACUGAGUUAAUGUACACCUGAGCAAGUAAUAAACAUGUUUGU